AUGCCAUCUAAUUCUGUUGUAGGUCACCUUUCUUUGUGGUUGUGUAGGUGCUGCUUUCCGAAAAUUCGGAAUAUGGACAACUAUACCAUAGUCGAACUUAUAGGGGAAGGGUCGUUUGGAAAAGUUUACAAGGCGAGAAGAAAGGGUACGGGUCACAUCGUGGCGAUGAAGUUCAUAGUCAAGAAAGGUAAAAAUGACAAAGAACUUCUUAACCUUCGUAGUGAAAUUGAAAUUAUGACUAAACUCAACCAUGACAACAUCAUAACGUUGUUUGAGGCUUUUGAAACUCAACAAGAAUUCGUUGUGGUAAUGGAAUACGCCCAAGGUGAAUUAUUUGAAAUUCUUGAAGACGAUAAAAAACUCCCCGAAGAGGUUGUCCGGCGCAUCGCGAAGCAAUUGUUGCAAGCACUUCAUUACUUGCACUCGAACCGCAUUAUGCACCGCGACAUGAAACCUCAGAACAUCCUCAUAGGACAGAACGGAUCCGUGAAACUUGCGGAUUUCGGAUUUGCGAGGACGAUGAGCUACAAUACGAUGGUGCUAACCAGUAUUAAGGGAACACCCCUCUAUAUGGCACCAGAACUUGUGCAAGAGCAGCCAUACAACCACACAGCAGAUUUGUGGUCUCUCGGGUGCAUUCUAUAUGAGUUGUUGUACGGCAAGCCGCCCUUUUAUACGAACCAUCUUUAUAAGCUGAUCAACCAAAUCGUCAACGACCCCGUAAGAUUUGAAGAACCUAUAUCACCGGACUUCAAGUCGCUUUUGAAAGGACUUUUGACCAAAUCGUUCUCGGCCAGAUUAAACUGGCCACAUUUACUUAACCACCCAUUUGUUGCCAUCACUGGGGACGAUGAGAAGUGGUUGAUGGCGGUAAAACAGCACGACACGAAGAUGAAGGAACGCAUGGAACGACUAGAGUGCCUGCGACAUCACGCUCAACCAAACAGGGUUGUUGAAUUAGAUGCAGGUGGCCCGUGCCAAACGCCCGGGAACACGCAUGGGUUUCCACUGGGUUCGGAAGAAGAUGAAAUAUUUUCACCUUCCUCGUUAAAGUGUCUACUUUCUCCUUCAGAUGGCGAAGGUUGUAUUGAGGCGUUCCGUGGGCUGCUAGUUGCGGUUGAAAACGCUACAUCAUUGCCCCUUCAGAAAACUGCUUUGUUAGAACGAAUCCUACACGUUGGUGUUUUGGGACCUAUAGUACGGCACUUAUGUGACAAGCAGUCAGCCGAAAUGAGCCGACUUGCUGUCCAGAUAAUCAAAACCCUCGUGUUUCCGGAGGGUAAUGCUGUGUUACCGUUUCCUUCUCAGCGACCCUUACAAGAAACAAUAGAUGCAUCACCGCAGCCAGGCGACUUGCCACCUGUUGGCCUUCUUAUUCGACAACAGGUUUCUCUGGAGCUACUAGAAAAACCCCGAGAGUCCCUCGACUUUCUUGUGAAAGAAGUAAUUGAAAAUCGUCAUGGGUUUCGCGUGGAUUGUGUUAAAAUAAUUUUCCAGUGUGUGAGGUGGGGAGUAGGUUUUGGACCUGUUUUGACCCAGUUGAAGCUUUUCCCUUCAUUUUGGGCGUCAUUACUUGACUCCGUGACAGAGGGAAGCCAUUUUCAGACGUACGCGGCACUAGCAUUCCACACCGUUUCUGCGAUGAUUCCGCACAUAAAGUUGUCCGCCCCAGAUCAGAUAAAUGCAGACAAGGUGUCCGCAUUUGUCUCUAUUGGUUUGCUAGCCGUGCGUUUCUAUGAUUUGUCAAAAAGUUCGGAUAUAGCUGCGCUUAACUCUGCCGCCGCUGCAGCUCUUCUGGCCGCAUUUGUUCACCGGGAAAUGAAGGACACAAUGGUUUUCGAACCAGACGCGGCGUUCAUGGAAGGGUUAUGUGCCAUAGUGAAAGAUGUAAGAGGAAUUGCCGAUCGCAAUAGUGUCUGGCGAAUUCUUGGAAAUGGCUAUGGCUACCCGGAUUACGGAUUUUUGGAUGGAGUAGUACAUACUUUGUCGGUGAUGUUUUCUAAUCCACAAUCUAUCGUAUACCAAAAUAGUGGUCAGCUCCCUUCGCGCUCAUACCUUGACAGCGAUCAAAAAGGACUGUUGCGCAUUGCUGUUGAACUACUCCGCGAUAGUGACCCAAAAACCGAACUGUCGCCUAAUGGUGUGGUUGCUGCUCUUCGAUGCGUGCAGCAGGCCUGCCAGCAUCAACGAAGGGAUGAGCAUUUUACUAGUCUUCUGUUGGAACGGAUAGAAGCAUAUCGUGGGGACAGUGGAGGUCCAGUUUCGGUUGCCGGCGUUGUUUGUCAUCAACUACGAGCAAGCUAUCUAGGGCAACUUCGCUCUUGGCCCGAACAUAGUGGUGGUGGCACGGUUGGAGUAAACGCGCAUCUUACCGUAGUUGUUCAGAUACUGCUAGCGGCACUUCAGACAUCCAAACAGGGUUCGGAGUCAGACGACGAAGCCAACGCCUCUGUGCAGCAAAUUUUUUACAAAGAGGGACUUAUGGAGAUGCUGAUUGUUGCGCUUGACUACACUCAGGUAGCAUUUUGGGGUCCACCGUUCAACAUUAUAACAAAGCUGGUGGUAGGGUCACCGCCAUUCGCCAAGGCUUUCGUUGACGGUGGUGGACUGCAGUGUGAGAGAAUAGGAAAGGUCCUGGAUUCGAAGAAGGCAAGCGCAGGGCUCGUGUCGGACGGACUUAAUGUUCUCUCUCAACUAGCCCGGCUUUCCAAAGAUUUUUACCUGCCAAUUCAUAAUGCAGACUUGUACAGCGCGGUUUUAGAACUGCUGCGGCACAGUGACCCAGGGAUUCGGAGCAAAUCAUGUAACCUGGUAGGAAACCUAUGUAAACACUCACCAUACUUGUACGAACCCCUCGCGAGACACGGCAUAAUUGAUAUGCUGGUUGAGAGAUGUAGUGACAGGGAUCCCGCAACGCAGAAAUUUGCAGCAUUUGCUGUUGGGAAUGCUGCGUUCCACAAUGGCUCCCUUUACGAGAAGCUAAGGCCUUCGAUUCCCGUCAUGGUGAAGCUUUUGACUAGUAGCGAUGAGAAAACGAGGCAGAACGCUGCUGGAGCCGUAAGUAACUUCGUACGAAAUGGAAGCACACUUACAAACGCACUAAUGGAAAACAGUGCUAUCGAAACUCUUUCCCACAUGCUCAAGAAAGAUAAGGUGCCCCUCCGAAAAAUUGCACUUAUCACCAUAGGUUCCUUCUGCGCUUAUGAAAAUUGCAAAGCGAAGUUCCUGGCACUAGGUCUAGAGGGAACUAUUAGGCAACUUGAAGAGAGUGGCAUCUGUAAUGUCGAUCCCUCCAUCACAAAGUACGUGGCACGGAUAAGGCAAAGGAUUUCGUCCUCGUGA